AGCGAGGUGCUCCAGGGCCCUGAGAACUCCCGCUUCAUUAUGUCACUUGCCCACCUCGAUGCGUGAUGUUUGUGUUGCUCUACUCUUAGCUGUGGGAAUCAGUGGUGUUCAUUUCAGAGCUGACAUUGAUGGUAGUUGUUUAUUUCAAUUCUCUGCUAAUACAUAUCACUUCACUCUUCGGACGACCAGAGAGAUUGAGUGAGUAAGAACACGGAGAUAUUAUCUGCCGACAGUGACCGAAACCCACAUCAGCCUGCUGCACAAGACCAGGACAUCACGCCCCGGACCUGGUCUCACUGUAGACCUCUGUUCGAGUCACUUGUGCGAGGACAGAACCAAGACGGCGCACGGGACGUUGGCGUCAGAAUGGCGCUUGGGUGGGUGAGCGAGUGAGGAAACAUGGCUGUCAUGGGGAGUCGUAAGAAGAGCACAGUAGUGCCGCCUUGUUACAGUCAGCUGGGCGUUAUCGCUGAGGACCCAGAUGACGUCACACUGAGACGGAAGCACUUCCGAUAUGACGUCAUCCCGGAAACCCACGAACCCUCGGAUCUGGUUCAGGUGGUUGAGACUGCCAACAGACUAAACCUGAGGACGCAGCGGGCGAGUAUCACUGCCUGGAAGGCUCAGUACGGUGGCCCACCCAGGCUUCCGGAAUUACACGAAGAGGCAGAUGGCGGAGAAGAUGCGAAGUUGACCACAGAGAGGAAGAGGAAGAUCAACCAGGCGCUGGACUGGAUCCGAACGGAACUGCUGGAACUGAGACGCCAGGACCAGUCCCUCGCCAGACAGCUGCUAGGAAUCCGUCGCGACAUAUCCCACCUGCGUUUGUCCAGAAGCUGUGAGGAGCACGAAGACAUGUUAGAAGAUGCACAGAUUGGUAUGGAGGAGUUUCACGAACUGUCGCGAGUUUUAGACAUACCGUAUGAGGGACCCACGUCCCCAGGUCCACUGAAACAGUUGGGCGUGACCAAAAUGAACAUAAGCAUCCGUCGUUUCUCCACCUGCUGAUGAGGCAAGACUGUGGAAAAAAUUGUAAGGUUGUUUUUAAGGCUCAAUUUGAACCUCAUGGGUUCCUAGUGUUGGUGUCUUGUUCAGAUGCACUCCUCAACACCGCCAUGUUGGUGAAUCCGUGUAUACAGACAUUGGCAAGGUAUUGGCCAAUGUGUUGUCAGAUGGCUGUGAUAAUCUACUUACAUUACCGUGGUCGCACGAUGAUUUGGGGAUAUAUGUAAACACGAUCGUAUCUGAGUUGGUGUCUUGACUUACACAAGAGGAUAUGGUCAUCGAUGGUAUGUCUUGCAGACAGAAGUGCCCGUUUAACGUUAUAUACUUGUUCAAUCGACCUUGUGAUCAUCAAUUCUGGCAGUGUUGACCGAGAGCAAGCGACCGAAUGCAAUGGAUUGUGUUCAUUUGGUGCAAGCGAUCGACUGCAAUGAAUUGUGUUCAUUUAGUGCAAGUGACCCACUGCAAGCGGUUGUGUGCAUUUCGUGCAAGUGUAACACUGUGAUAGGCUAUGUUCACUAAGAGCACUUGACGAACACUCGUAUAGAUUCAGGACGACUCUGUGACUAAUGGAUGGUGUUCAACAUGCAAUCAUCAGUUGUUUUAGCUGUUUGUGUAAAACAAAUAGGGUCAUGUGACUCCCAGUAAUACGUUUGCCUUUGACAAGGGCAAUAGGCCAACUGAGAAAAUAUUCCAUUCACAAAAGGGAAAAUAGUAGUGGUGUGACGAUUCAUCGAUACAUCGAUCCAUGGGCCACCGAUACAGUGAAUCGAUACAAACUUUUACAUUUUCGUAUAUCCCGAUACGAUACUUUAAAUGGGCCUACGAUACAUCGAUGUUUAACUUUGGAUAUUGCCGAAUCGCAAUAUCUGUCAAGAAAAAAAACUUACUUUUGUUUAAAGAUUGAAAUAUAUGCUUACUUAUUUUCCCUUCAUAAGUAAACGUUUUCUCGGAAAUUCUUGAGUCAAGAACUGUGACAGACAUAGCGCUCGCAUGUUAUUAACAUUCACAAUGUCCGUGUAUAAACUUAACUUUGACGAAAUACUUUAAAAUGGUUUUGUUUUGAUAUUAAGGUGUUUUAUAGUUGGUGUUGGAAUUAAUGAUUUUAGUAUCGUGAUACGUAUCGUUUUGCGACCCUUAUAUCGGUAUUCGUAUCGUAUCGCAGCUUCACCACACAAUACGUUGGCAAUAUAUCGUCGUGACGAACAUUUUAGUAUCGUGAUGUAUCGUAUCGCAGGUUAUAUGCCAAUACCAGCACUAGAAAUAGUCAUUGUCGCCAAGUUUCAGACAAAGUGGAUGGUAAUCUGCUAUGUAUAACCUAUUGAAACGAAUGAAUGGAUAUCCAGCAUA